GGUCGCCCAGGCCGCCCAGAGCUAGGAUAAUUUGCUUUUGCUCCUGGGUUCAAGACACUGAUUCGAUGCAGAAAACUUGAUACAUGGUGUGCAAAACACGCUUCACCUGUGCAAUGUGGAAUGUUUCUGUGAUCAAGAGGAAAUAGACUGUUAAAAACGGUACCGGACUGUAAGCAUCGGAUCAUUCGCUACAGCCGCAGCGAUGUCGAAAGCUAAGAACAAACUGAACUUGACGAUAGCCCCGACUGCUUCUCCGGAUCCAGUAACUCCGUGAGUAAAUGGAUGUUUUCGGUGAUUUCUUCCUAAUUCCGAGCUCAAACGCACCUUGAAUUGUGUAAUUUCGCAUAGGCACAUUGCUUGUUACUCACUACUGCUUUCGUAUUUUAUUCCUUGUUCUCCAACAGAGAUGAUGCGGCAGGGAUCGGCUCGCAAAAGGUGGAAGAAAUACGAAAGAAAAUGGACGAGCUUGAACUGGACACCUUGCAACGUGAAAGGCUUGAGGCGUUUCUGGCGGAGAAGAGGAAAAUUGGAGAGCUGAACGCAGAGGAUUUCGAUAAAUUGGCUGAAUUGGGCGCUGGGAAUGGCGGCGUUGUGACCAAGGUCUUGCACAAGCCAAGUGGGCUUAUAAUGGCUCGAAAGGUGAGCUCGCAGACGAGAAUAUCUAGAACCCAAUUAAUCCCAGCCGAAUAAAUUUUCAGUAUCAUAAUAACACGAUCGUGUUUGCAUGUAAUUCUCCUGAUUUCAUUUCCCAGGGAUCGCUCAUAUCCUCUCUUAAAAGCGGUUCAAGGCAUUAUGUCGCUACUGUUCAGAGUUUAAUACGUGCGUACAACCUCCUGGAAUUUAUGUCUAUUUUUGUACAUUUUUUCAAAGAACGCAUGUUUCCUUUCAUCCAUAGCUCAUUCACUUGGAAAUCAAGCCCUCCAUACGCAACCAAAUCAUUAGAGAACUAAAGGUUUUACACGACUGCAACUCUCCGUACAUCGUGGGCUUUUACGGAGCGUUUUACAGCGAUGGAGAGAUCUCCAUUUGUAUGGAACACAUGGUAAGAUAUGGGGAAUGUUUCAAGUACUCUAGCAAAUGGAAUUUGCUUUUUGUUGCGUUCUACGCAGCAAAGCACUGAGCAGCUAUGCACGUUCUAGCAUUUAUUCAUCUGCUAAGAAACAAAACGCAAAUCGCAGAAUGGCAAUUGAUAUAUUAAUUAUUUACUGGUUUUGUAGCCCACGUCGCCAGUCCAAACGCCAUGCACACAACUUUGCAGGUUUUUAGCUCUGUUUUGCAACGAUCGCUUUUUUGUUAGUCAUAUUUAGCGAUGAUUUUUGAUUCGUGCAAGAUGAAAGUACGUCCACCCCGGAGAGCGUUUAGGGGAAGGGAUUUCGUGUUGUAGCGUUUACUUUCUCCUUGAGAUUGUGUUUGAAUUACUAACAUCAGUUUAUUGUCAGAGGUCGAUGGUUUGUACUGUGAGUUUCUUUGUGCAUAACUUUUCAUUUCCUGCAUAAAUGUAAAUUUUACGCGUUCAAUUCUUGCCCGGGACUCUUUGUGACUGCAGCAAAUCGUCUUGUAUUUAAUGUAUUUGUUCUUGGUAAAAUAUUCCAAGUUCGAUAGCAUUUUUUUUAAUGCAAUGUACUCCCUUCACAAAAGUAGCCAAAUUUAUUCCCCAGAGUAUUAAUAUAUGUUCGUUCUGACCAUUAAUAUUACCUCUGCAAACACAGUUUAAUAUUUUUCUGUUGUGUUAAUUAUUAGGUGGCCUUGGCUUACUCAGCCUCAAAUUCAUUUGUUGAAUUUAACCUUUUUUACUUAAAAUAUAGGUUAAAUUAUGUUUAGCGUGUGCAUGCUGACUUAGCCAUUGAUUUUGAUCUUGAGUUCAAAGAGGGAUUUUUCAACUCUGUACAAAGCUGCAUUUGAAAAUACUUUACAAGCUCCACACCUGCAAAGUGUAUAAUUUGCAUACCCAAGAUAAUGCUUUGUGUUUUUCACAUAACAAACCCAUAUUUUGGACACUUAAGAAGUUCUGAUUCGGCACAUUUUGCAAUGUAAAUUUACCUAGAUGCCUUACAGAACAACAUGUAUAUUACCCAUAUUGUUUUGUACUGCCUUGUAUACAUGUAAGUCAUAUCUUUCCAACCUUAAAAACAUAAAGUAAAAUUUUCUCUUUGAACCGUGCUCAAUAGAUCCAGCCGUAAUAUCUCAUGAAUUAAUUUUGUUAUGUUCGUCAUGCAUUUGUUUAGGGUUUUUGCUGUCAUUUUUUGCCUUAAAUUAUUUGGUAGACAGUUGGAACCACUCAGUAAAUAAGUGUUUACUUUGCAUCCUUGCUUCUUACAACCCAGUUAACAUUUUGGUUGCCAAAAUAUUUUUACUGAAUAGCCUUCCAACAGAAGUGACAUGCUGAUGUUUGUUAACUUAAGAUUAAUCUGCUUGAAAUUGUCAAAACAACUGACUGAUAACAAUGUUGAUUGUUAACCUUGAACACUGAUCAAACUAUCUUCUGAUUCUGUGCCCUCCACUUUUGUCUGAGACCCUUUUCACACCAACAAUCAAAUUAGAGUUCGUCUGAAAAGAAAGCAAAGUUGGCAGUUUUUAUCUAAAAGGCUAUACCUGUUUAGGAAGUUUCUAACAGCAACAAUCUGUCAUAACAGUAUUUUAUUUUAUACAUUUUCAUUUUUUGUGGCCUGCUGUCAAUUCAACAAUGCUGGUGCAAUUAUUUUUAGGGCCAGCCAUAGUCUGUCUUUAUGAAACAUUUGCUUUUUCUUUUUAACUAACUAUUUCCUCUCGGGGGGAGGGGGGAAUUUGUUUCUUCAUUUACGGGGAAAUCAUUCUUCUUAAUAUCACAAUUAACUUAAAAGUUAAGUAAAUGUAAUCGUCUCUGCUCGCUAAAAGUACUGAACAAAUCUUUGUACAGAUGGCAAAAUACUGCAUUUUUGAGAGUCUUUUGAAAGAGCACUAAGGUUUAAUGAAGAGAGAAAACUUGAUAUAACAUUGGGAAGGGUUACCCAGUGCGGGGGGAAAUUGAUGUCAAAUUUCAAAGUAAGAGUUUCUCCAUCCUUUUGAGUUGUUAGUUUUAUCCCGCAUUUGAGCUGCUUAAAACUUACCAUUUUUACACGUUGUUGACUUGAUGUGGUUAUUUUGUUUUGUAAUAAAGGGUGUUGGAAUUUGAGAGCUGUUGUGCCAUGCAACAGCGAAAAAUGACCACUGAAAACGCUGUCAUACAGUUACAACAAAAAGUUAUCUUUUGAGUCAUUGAAACCUUUUUCAAUGGUCCCUGUACUAGCAUGAGUAUUAAUUUCAGUGUUGAUGAACUAUCAAGUUCUGAGUAAUUGCUCUUUUAGCAAGGUUGGAUAACAUGUUUCUGGUUGCCAUUUUGGUGUCCCUCUGAGGAAAACCAAAAUGGCAUCUCCAUACUUAGUUGCUAUUUUUCAGCAAAAUUUUUCUUCAAAUUUUUUGCUUGUGAAAAACCAUACAUACACUUUGUAUGACUGGUUGUGUGUAAGUCUUGUAUCAUCUCUGGUUCUCAACUAGAUUUAUAUGAAGAUUUCAAUUUUUAUUUUAGAGGGCAUGAAAUGAACUACCAGCUAUAAGAUCUAUUUUGCAUGUAGCUGUCUCUUCUAAACAUCAAUCAGAAAUGUAUUACAAUAAUAUUACAAAAACCUGGGAGCUCCAGCUGGAUGCUAAGUUCUUUCAGAUGACAAAGGGAUUAUGGUCAAAAAUAAUGGAAGACAAUAAUUUUUAAAACAUUGUUCAAAGAAAAAUAUGUUUCAUUUCUCAUAUUUGCCACUCAUAAGAAAAAAAAAGGCAUAUUUCACAUGGUAAAUGUAAUAACCCAUCCAACUCGCUGUCUUUUAUAAGAGGGCAGAGUUCUCCUUAUAUUAGGUACUUAACGCUAGGCGGACCAAGUGGCUUAAUUCACUGGAACCCUGUUGCUGCCUGGCUUAAAAACCAAAGAUUUAACCAAACGGAUGUUUAUGUAGACAUUCAGAGCUAGGUAUUUGAAAGACAAAAUCACUCAGUGGAGGAAAUGAACCAUUGUCUGGUGUAUUUAUUUGUUUUUUUUGUUGUUGUUGUUAUCGCAAAGUAUUGAUUAUAAAGUGGUUUACCGUUGGAUGAAUAUUUCUAAACCUGUGAUGCAUUCACUUUGUUUAACAGCCAUGCACCAUCUUGAAUUAUUUUUCCAAAAACACUACUAAAGGAAAUUACUUCACUUGCAGUCAACCCAAGAUGUGCGGAACAAAAACAAAAAGCUUGUCAAAGCAAAUUGAGUUCUUUUUUUACAACUUAAACUAAGUUCCCAAGUCAAAAAAUUUUUAUUCAGGCUACAGCAGGCUUCGUACAAACACCAUUGAAACUCACAAAACUUCCCAAAAUCCUAGGGAGAACACUGAAGGAUUAAAUUAAGCAUUGAUAAUAGAAGUAGUAUGUCUUUGAUGUUAUUUAGACUACAAGUAGUCCCCAUUUUUCCUCAGGGAUCUCAUGUCGCCUUUUCUUGCGUGGGUUGAUUUUCAUGCACGCUCACGUUUUGCUCACUCUACUACCCCUGAGGAAAAAUGGGGACUACUCGUAGUCUAGAUAUUAUCUGUCUCUUUCUUUGAGUACUUCUCAUCAUUAUACCACCUCUCAUCUUGUACAGUGCCGUCAAACCCCAUCCUGAAUAUCCAUUGCUGCUUUCUAGAGGCCAGUAGUAAAACAUGUGACAAUGUAUAAGAAAUAUACAGAGGAAAAUAAUUGUUUUUACUUGUCAAAGCUUUUCGUUUUGUGGUAUUCUCCCUCCAGGACAUGCUUUGGGUGGAAAAGAUUGAACAGGCCAAGCCCCCUGAGGCCCAGUUGAAACGUCGAUCUUUCCGUGUACCAAACCUAUUCCCUUCAAUUAAGUACAUGAAAAGAUUUACAUUUGAACCAAACCUAAUUCAUGAAUUACUGUAAUUUCUUUUGACUGGAAAGCAUUGUAGAUCGAUCAUUGCACGUCAUGAAAAUAAAUAGGCCACUUCAGAGUUCUAAAAACCCUCACUUUCAAAAUGGGGCCAAGUGCACAACCUUUCUUGUGAAAAUGAGUUUUAUUUGCAUGAGAAUGAAAAAUCAUUUCCAUAUGAAAGGCUGAGCACUUAACCUUGUUUUGAUACAGAGGCCCGGGGACACGUUUGAAACAACAGUCGAGCUUACAUCAUUUGGGUCUACCCUAAUAGACAUUAAGUUCACUACAUGAAAAGUUCAACAUUUGAACUGGACCUGAGUGCUCUGAACCUGCGAAAUCUAUCUAGGGUGUCCACUAUACAAGUGUUAGGUGCCAGAGUUCAUCGGCACUGCUAGAGAACAAUCCUGUUUCUUCUCUUGCAAGGUCACUUAAGCUGCCUUAAGUUAAUAUUCUGCAGAACAUUGCUCGUUGAAGGGUUUGUAGUAAAAUAUUAUUCAUUUUUAAAUGUUUAGGAUGGUGGCUCCCUGGAUCAGAUUCUUAAGAAGGCUGAUCAACUACCUGAGGACAUUUUGGGAAAAAUAACAGUUGCUGUAAGUGCUAAUUUUCAACAGAUUGAGCAAGCAUUAUCUGAAUGUGAUGAGUAAUUUUCUGUUUGCAUGAUGGGCAUUCUUGAUUGUUAUGCUUUACUCUCUGUGAUACCUUUCCCAAGGACUCUUCGAGUAGUGCAUGCUGGCUUACAGCUUGCCUGAAUGGCAAUCUGUAAAACUGACUUUCUCUUCACCCUGGGCUAGGCAGAUGGGCUACAACCAUCAAGUUACCAUUUUGAUUUGUGCUGAGCUCAAAUGGUCAUCUCAUUUUAGUUUUCCCUGUCAUGAUAUAUAAUUUCGAGAUUGGCAAUUCCUUGUGGAAUGGCUUAAUUCAGGAAGAAUGAAGUGGCUCAAAAGUCUUAAGAUAAGAGAUUGUGGGGUUGAUUAUUUCAAAUCAUAAUAUAUUUAAUAUAUUUUUUUUAUGGUUGAUAUACUUUUGAUUGAAUUUUAUUUUCAUUUAAUAGGUUCUGAAAGGCUUGAGUUAUCUCAGAGAUAACCACAAAAUAAUUCAUAGAGGUAUAGAUACAUUCUUUAAGUUGAUUAACGUAUAAAAAUAAACAUUUACGUUAUACCUUGUAAUUUUAUAAUUAAUGAAUCCAGUCUCUUCAGUGGUAUCUAACUCACUGGUUUAGAUUGUCUUGGGCAAGAUGUGUAUUGCAUGCUUUUCUAUUAUUUUGAUUUGUUCUGCUUUAUUUACGUUAAGGGCCAGGUGCCAGCGAUUUUCCCCAGCUAUUAUGAACAUGACCCUGCCUACUUUUGCAGGAAAAUUGAAGAAAAAUAGAGCCAAACAUAUUGCCUUCUAGCUGUUUGAUUCCCCACCUACUUGUAUCAUAUAUGCAGCAACUUGAAAUUGUAUUAACAGCCCUGUAUUUAUGAGACCAGAGAAGCAAAUACACACAUGGCUGGCACUUUGAAGUGGAUAUUGCAGUGCUGGAUCCAGACCUUGAGAUGGGGGGGCAGGCGGUCAUCCUGACCCAGAGAUAAGGAUGGGAGGGGCCGUCCCUAAAAAAAAUUUUUCAGCCCUUUGGGACUCAGUUUUGUCUAAAAAUAGUGGGGAGCAAGGGUGGCACAGUGGUGAGAGCACUCGCCUCCCACCAAUGUAGCCUGGGUUCAAAUCCCGGCGACGAUGCCAUAUGUGGCUUGAGUUUGUUGUUGGUUCUCUCCCUUGCUCCAAGAGGUUUUUCUCCGGGUACUCCGGUUUUCCCCUCUCCUCAAAAACCAACAUUUCCAAAUUCCAAUUCGACCAGGAAUCAGGUAGACGAAGAACCACUAUGUAGAUGUGCUACCUGCAAAUGGUUAUUUAUUUAAAAAUAAGGGCGGGCCCCUCCCCUACAAACUGUAGACCCGCCACUGUAUUAUGGACUAGCUGUGAGAAACACAUUUUCACACCUGGCUGUAAUAAAAAUGCACUUUAAAAUGGUUGUUUGCUUGAACAGCACUUUUAAGUGGAAAAAUUACGGUAAUCAAGAACAAACUAUGGACCGGUCUAUGGUACAUGAAAAUUGUGAUACAUUGUGUUGUUCAGAGUGUUUUGUUUUACAAGCACUGAUUUCCGAGCUGCCUAUUAUGUAGUCAUAUGCACUUUACACAACUUUGAAUUUAGCUGCCGUAACUUUUAAGUGAAAUAAUUUACAAACCUGAAAAAUGAAGUAUGGUGCUUUAUAAGCGUAAUACUCAAUGCAUGCUGUGCUAGUAGUCACGUGCCAUUUUCAGAAUAUUUAGAGCUGUGUAGUGUUUUUGGAAUUACAAUAAUUAUUUCACAUCUGGCUCUGAAGUAAGCAAAACCUGUGUAGGCUUGCAGUAGAAGCAUAGAUGUCAAAAUACAAGCAAAAUGGACAACUCUAGUGUCUACCUUGAUAAAACUCCCCCACUACGUAGCCACUCACAAAGAUCACUGAAUUCCAACAGAACUGGCUGGCUCCAGUUAUGAACACUUUUUCCUGCUCCUCUAGGGCCUCUUCUUGACCAUUUGAUACCUGAAUUUUGAGAGUUUAACAAUGUAUUGUCAUCUUACUCAUAAUUUUAUGGAAUCUGAUAGUUCAUGAUGUAUUAUGCUUAAUUUAUUAUAUGUUUUGGCCUCAUCUGCACCAUAAAUUCAUUUCCACCAACAGAGUUUUAUAUUGCCUUUUUUGUACAAUGCAUCAAAGGUAGUUUUACAAUGUUUGUUUGUUGUGUUUGGCAAAAGCUUUUAUAAAUUUAUUACAUGCGAACUGUAGCCUGCGUGCAGACGAUAACUAAACUCUGAUUAGUACCGUCUGCGAAGCAGCGCAGAGAUCCUUGUUCUGGGCCCCCAACGGACUCAACAAAUUACCGGAAGUGCGUUUCGAAUUCCCCUUCAACCUGAUUGGCGAUCACGACAACCAAAACAAAGGCCUUUUUUAACUGGCCAAUCGUGGCGCGUACUCAAAUCUGGGUACACAGCUGGAAGUCAAGAACAAGGAUUUCGGCGCUGUUUCGCAGACGGAGUUAACCAGAGUUUAAUUUCGUCUGCGCGCAGGCUAGCGAACUGUGGCAUGUUGAUUUUUUUAACAGAUGUAAAGCCAUCAAACAUUCUAGUAAACUCCCGUGGAGAGAUCAAGCUGUGUGACUUUGGAGUCAGUGGACAGCUAAUUGAUUCCAUGGCAAACUCUUUUGUUGGUACAAGAUCAUACAUGUCGGUAAGCUUACUUGUUACUGGUAGCUUAUAAGUAGCAGUUCUGAAACCAAGAUGUGAGGGAAUAAUUUUAUUAUUUAUUCUGAAAAACAGGUCAUGCCUUGAUUCUUUCCUCUCUGAAACCUUGUGCAAUGUUUAUUUAAGGGGAGUGCUAAUACUGAGUAUUAUUAUUAUUAUUACAGUUGAAGCACUCGUGAACGACCACCUCAGAAAUUCAAAGAAGUAGUUGUAACUCAAGCUGGUUGCUUACGAGAUUGAGCACUCAUAAAGUGACCACACAGUAAAACAAUAGAGGGUGGUCGCUUAUGAAAGCUUCAGAAACGCAUUAAUAAUUUAUAAGAAAAAACAAGGCGUGCUAAGUGGUUACUAUGGAAAUGACCUGGAACUUUUACAAAUACAAUACUGCACUGUAUAAGAUCUUUAUCAACUAACCAUUAGUGCAGUGUGCAGUUUCAUUAAACUGUUGAUUUAUUUGAACAAGACUCUGAGUGGUUGCUUACGAGAGCUUACAGGAGCUUUUCAUUACAAAGUUUUGACAGGGUUUCUCAAAGGUGGUUGUAACUAGAGUUGGUGGCUUACGAGAGUGCUUGCAAGGAGAGCUUCUAGUGUAUUAUUUGUAUUAUUAUUAUUAUUGUUAUUAUUAUUAUUAUUAUUAUUAUUAUUAGAUACUCUUUCCUGGAUAAGAGCUAACGUGUCUUUCGCCAUCGUACGCUCUGCAAUACUAUGCUUGAGAGGCUCAAGAUCAAGAAGACAACAGCUAGACUUUGUUCACUCAGAUGUACAGAUCGAAAACAUUAGAGCCUGCCCAAAUUAAUCUUUUUUUAGAAACAUUUUAAAGAUCGUUUUUGAUUUUAGAGGCUGAUAAGCAUAAUGGAUGGUUUUGUCAAGCACAUGUCUUACAAUGAAUUUAUAUACAUAUAUUUUUCAACUAUCUCGUAUACUUUUAGUUUGAGAAUUUCAUGUAUGUUUAUGGCGAGGAACUAUAAUUACCCCACUGUAGUUUUUUCUUUCUUUUGUGUCUAGGUUUUUACAAGAUUUGAUAUUUAAGUUGUUGAUUACAGUUAGAUACUCCUCAAAGUAAAUGCAGUUAACUCAGUUGACAUGCAUAAUCAUGUUAACAGCAUAAAUUUUCCCUAUUUUUCAGCCUGAGAGACUUCAGGGGGCAAAUUACUCAGUUUUGUCAGACAUCUGGAGCUUUGGCUUAUCAUUAGUUGAAAUGGCAAUUGGCAGAUAUCCAAUUCCGCCACCAGAAGAAAAUGAACUUGAAAAAAAUUCAAAUUAUCAAUCACACAUUCUCAGACUUGCCCCUGGAGCAAGACCACCGGGUGGAGUUAAUAAUGAUACCACAAAACCAAUGGCAAUAUUUGAGCUCCUGGACUACAUUGUGAAUGAGGUAAAUACAUUUAUCUAUGAUGUUGAGCGACUGUCUUGUCAUGUAUCGUAAAGAGUUUUGAAUUCUUGUAAAUGUCUUGAAAUUUGCAGCGCAGUUUUCCAGACCUGGAAAAGUAGAGGUUAAUUCUGGAAAAAUGGUAAAAAGUCUAGAGUUUUUUUCUUUUUCAAAGCUACAACAAGUACUUAAUAAGUGAAUUUUUUUCCGUGGUCAAAUCCCUUUCAAUCUUGCCUGUGGCCAAGACAUUUAAUCACAGAUGAGAAGUUUCUUUAAUUCUUAUAUGUCCGCAUUGUACCGUGAUUACUGACGUUUGAAGUGCAUCUUGAAAAAGGUUGAUCCCUGCGUUUUUCAAGGUCUCUGUUGACCACCUAUUUGGUAACCUUGAGUCUGGAAAAUAAACUAUUGUUUGGAAAAAGUCUGGAAAAAGUCUUGAAUUCUGUACGAGCCUUAAUUGUGUACCAGGCAACUAAUAGCCAACUACUACAUUAUUUAUUUCAUUAGCUGGUAGGCAGUAAUUAUUUUUAUAUGAGUUAGCUGCAGAUGAUAUGUAACAUCCCAGGACUAAGGAGGGGAGGCAUGAUUUCAAGUGGUAGGGAUGAUCAAUGGUAUGGAUGAUCAAUUGGGGGCAGAAAUCAAAAUCCCCCACAAAUAAUCACUUUCCAAUUUUCCGAGCCACUAGAGUUCACUUUCUAGUAAAACAGCAAAUGGGAAUUCCUGUGAUGAUAAAGCUGAGCAACUAUGUUGGAUUAAAAAAAAGAGUAUUUAAAGCUUUUUUCUAUACACCUUGGGUCACUUCACAGAGUAUUGCUUAACCAUUUUUUGGAACAUGUGCAAUGUAAAAUGUUGUAAUAAUUAGAGCAAUUUUUGUUUGACCUCGAAAUAAAAAUGCGCAAACAAAACAGAAAUGACAAUCAAAUGGAAAAAGAGUGAUUGGUUCAUCGAACGGAUACAAACGCGCAUGGCUUUUGGUUGGUUAAGCGAAUGCUUGGGUGAAAAAACUUCAUGCCUGAGAACUUUCUAGAUAUCAAUCGAUACUUCACCUUGAUGUCAUACUGCAACACGAUUGGCCAAUCGAACAAUGUCCUCUCCGUAUUAGGGUUUUCUUUGGCGGGAAAACAAAGAGUCCAUGUUUUGGUCUUUUCAUCCAUUGGCUGAUGAAACAAAUAACGAACACUUACUGAAACCAUUUUUCAAGGUCAUACGAAAAUCGCUUUAAUUAUUAGAACAACCACUAAACAAGUUUGGUUGGACCUUACUGGCAGAGCUACGCAGCCAGCAUAUGUGGGUACCACCACAAAUCAUCAGAUUGCUUUGAAUGCCCCCCAAAAUCCUUUCUUCACUCACAAAUAAGGACUUACCAAAUUUUUCUUUUACCCCCCAAAAAUAUUUCAAUCAUCCCUGUCACUUGAAAUCUGGAGUACCUUCCAGUUUCUGAGUUGUCUUCCAGCAGUUGUAUCACUUCUAAACAGUUUCUGUCUUCUCUUUCGUAGCCUCCUCCCAAGCUGCCAACUGGUCUUUUUACAGAUGAAUUUUGUGAGUUUGUGAACAAAUGGUAGGUGUCCUAUCAGAUCCAGUAUGAUGAUCAUUGUGGCAUUUAAACUAAAGGCCUUAAUUUUUAUUGCUUGAAAUGGUAUGAUCCAAAAAUAAAAACAUUUUUUAUUGUUCAAAAGAUAGACGUAAUACGAAAAUACAGAGCCAGUUUCCCAAAAUUCAAAAUGAAAAACUUUUUGUUUGUCCUUUUUUAUCACCUAAAAGGUUUAACUUAACUUCGCUUAAAUUGUUCAUGUCAUAAGCUCUGUCAGUCGGUACGAACUGUAUGUGUGAAUGGUUAUGUUAUUUUUCUCGAAAUUCUUUUGAGUGAUGAAUAUUAAAAAAUGCUUGUUUCUCAAAACUCCAGACUUAAAAGUUGAUCAUGCAUCUUGAAACUUAAUUUGUUCGCAUCGUGAAUCAAGUUUUGAGGAUCUGCUUCUUGUUGUAUACUUGCAACAAAGGAGAUAUACUGUUGAUAAGGUCAUCCCGGUAAACUAAUUAAAACUACAGGUUGAGGUACCCUGGCAGUAUUGGUUAGGUAAAAAAAAAAACCCUCGCAGUGAUUUUGUUACCUCUGCAUGUUGCAUCCCAGACGCUUCAAAAUCCCCAAAGACGCAAAAUACUUCAUGGCAUGCAUCCCAUAGGAUGUAAAGAAUUUGGUAGAAUAUCCUGCUCAUGUGAAUUCUGUGGCUGUUGUUUAAAGAUGCAUAUUUAUUUUAGUCUUUUUCGUGCUUUAAAUAAAUAGAAGGACUAUAUUUUAAUUUCAGUAAACCAUAAUAAAGAGUUUUGAUCUCUGUCUCCAGAUUAACUGUCUAUAAGUUACAUAAAGACCCGAGCAUUUUCAAUUUAAGACUCCUUGUUUUCUUUGAACAAGGAGUCUCUGGAUUUGGACAGGGACUCAUGAUUUUUCACAAGAAAAAUUUUUUCACCAUAACUAUUAAGAACAUGACUGCCCUUGCACCCUGAUAGUAUUUAUGUCCUAAUAAAUUUAAAGUUUACCAAUCAAUGGGCUCCUAGAAAUGUGGUGCGGGCUCCUAACUUUUUAUUUUAGGAACCUAGAGGACUCCUAAAAAAUUUCUUAGACAGCGGCCUUGCCUCUGACUGUUUACUUUCAUGAGGCAUUACAACGGUUUAACAACUUUAUUACACCAAUUUUUGGUUCGAAAGGUUCUUCAUUUUGCAAUAGAGGACACUUAAACAAGGCUGUGCUCUAAGGAAAAUGGAGUCUGGUGCUUUGAAACUGUAAAAUCCAGGGUGCCCAGCACAUGAUUUGUAUGAAACAAUGAAGAUUUUCUAGUUGUCUGAGAGCAAAAGUUAGGCGCCACAGGUCACCAGGCGCUGCUAGAGCACAGCCCUGCUUGAAUUUCCAUCUUUUGCUUGCAUUGAUGCGGCAUUUAGAUGGCAGCAGUGAAGGCCCUCAUGUAGCUUAAAAAUGUUACCGAUUUUUUCAGAUUUUGCUUUCCUUGUCUCAGAAUAAAUAUUACUUUCAUCCUUAUAAGUUCCCUAAGGAGGGGGCAAGUGUUCUCACCACUGCGGCACUCUUCCUCCCAAAAAUAAACUCACUUUUCUCUUUCAGUCUUGUAAAGAAUCCGUCAGAAAGAGCAGACCUAAAGUCUCUAAUGGUAGGUUUUGUUUGCUUCACUGCUAAUUCUCAGUGUUCAGCAUUGUCUUGCUAAAUAAAUUUUUUUUAUGUGCGGUGGAUUUGUCCAUUUUAGCCGACAAAUGUUCAGCAGAUUCCUCACUGUGAAAAUAACAUUAACAUUAACAUUAACAUUAACCUAUUUGUCCUUGACAAUUUUGUUGAAGUUAGUCGAGCGGUUUUCUAGUCACUGUCUUGCUACAAAGAGCUAAACCUUUCACAAAGCCGUUUACAGGUCGUAUACUUGGCGGCCUUCUGAUCCAGAUGUAGAAUAAUUAUUAUUGGCUUGCAAAGUUCGGACAAAGUUCUUUUCCUUUUCUCUCCUUCCCUGUUCUUUCCCUUUUGUUGCCUUGUUUGUUUUUUUCUUUUUCUGAACUUUUAGUAGGUUUCACUGAAUCGUGUUCAUUCUGGUAUGGUUUGAAAGAUCUCCACACAAUUUAGCAGACAAAGUUGUCCUUGACCGUUAAAACUGAUGACAUCACAAAUGAUAGAAGGGACAUGGAUCUGCACAGUCGGUUACGGGCGGUUCAGGGGCGAAUGGGUUAAUAGUAAUUUUUAAGUUUAUAUAGUCUCCACUCAUAUCAAAGUCCAUUAUCAGUCAUCAAAAUGAGGUAUCCCCUUUGUUUCCGCAGAAUCAUCCAUUUGUGAGGAAAGCAGAGGCGACACAAGUAGACUUUGCAGGCUGGGUGUGUAAUGUGGCUGGUCUAUAGCAAGCCUCAAGAAUUGGGUGAAAAUGAACAAUACUGUUAGAGAACAGGUUACCCUUACCCUUAUUUAACUUGUGUCACAGGAAUGAGAAAAGUUACAAGAAGAGAGGAGAGCAUAAGCUAUGGAAUUUAUCUAAAUAUGGUGUGUUUUGGAUUGCAGUAUAAAGAGAGUGCAGUGCAUAGAUUGGAAGCAUUUUAUUCUUCACAUGGUGUAUGUCGCAAUGUUUAGAGGAUGCGCAUUGACAUAUUUAACAGGUCAUUCAAGGCCCUUCUGGCCUGCAGCAUGUUUAUGGCUGGUUUCCAAUGCAACUUAACUGUUUACAGGCAGUUUCUCUGUAAUGGUUGAGAGAAGGCAUCCGUGAGAAACAAAACCACAUCAGGUGGUGCCAGGUGCUUAAUCACACUUCUGUCAGUUUGUUGCAUGCUGAUGCCAGUCAAGCUUAAGUUGUGAGCAAUAUGAUUGGAUUACUUUGCAACACUAUGCGAAUGUUUUGUGUCAGUGAUUCCGCCAACGUCCUGUUUAAAUUCCUCAACCCCUUGAGCCUUAAUGGGAAUGAACAUCUAAUUUCUCCUUACAGUCUCACUGCUUCAUUCAGUAUAAAGGUCAUAUGGGAAUGAAGAAAAUAAUCACCAAAGUUAUUUCCUGUCUUUAAUAAUCAAAACAAAUUCCAAUGAUAAGAAUUUAAUGAGAACAGUAUGUGGAAAAAUACAUUUUGGUACAGUCAAACCUCCUUGACGCUUCACUUGCCAUAUUAAUACGUUAUCAAGAAGAAAGGUUUAAUAUAAGAAUUAAGAAAAUGAUCAUCGAAGGAAACAUGCUCUGAUCUUUUAUCAAAUUCUCCUAACUUAUUCCAUAAAAAAAGGUUUUUAGAUCAGUCUGGAGAAUUUGUUUAUGGAUGCUGGGGCACAAAGGGUAAAUUUGGACACCAAAGGGACAGAGACAAGUGCCUGCAUUACAGUGCCUGCAGUGUAGAGGGAAAAAUGAAUAUUGUUUGAAGUUCUCAUCUUAUGGACCAAGAGAGCUGUCUGUGGUAGAGAGCUUUGUAAGGAGAGAUUUGACUAUUAGCGCUUAAGGGUUUUAACAAGCUAACUUCAUUGAGUUAACUGCAAAUCCUCAAUUUUGUGCCCUGUCUCUGCUGUGUUGUGUUCAUCUUUUGCCUAGGGUCAAGUUGUUUCAAGACCAGUUUAAGGGUGGUUAAUCUAGGUAUUGUUGCCAUGACAACUGAGUAGGCUGAGUUUUAGCUUAAAUCCAGGGUUAAUUGCUGUAACAACACAUAUGUCCUGAGCCAAAGGACAGUAAAUUUAGCACAAAAGUGAAGGUUAGUUACGAUAUGACAACUUACUGGUAUAGCCUCUGCGAUUCGUUGGAUGGGCAUUCAAAUUAGUACAAACUCCAGUGCUAGUGAUCAUGACAACUGACAUGCCCAGUGUACAUUUAACCCACUGCCAGGAUGAAAACAAACCCAGGGUGAGGUCAAGAAUACUUUAUACAAGUAGUGUAAUACAUUUACAAUCAAAGCUAUUGUUUUAGACUUUUAAAAGCUACACUUACAUGUUACAAUUUUGAAAGUUUCAUGGAAUUGAACCCUGGCUU